AUGGCCGCGUCCUCAGUCCAGAACCCUGCAGCUGUUACCGAGUCUAAAACCUCUAAGAAGAAGAAGGCCAAGGCUGAGCGUACAGAGUCACCUGCUCCGACCCACGUUGCCACCUCCGAAAAGGAUGUCUCUGUCAGCCCAGCAGAUGCCACUGGCGAGGAGCUUUCCGAGCCUGCUUACCUUCGUGAGAUAGCCAAGAACAUUCGCAACGUCAACAAGAAGAUUACCAACGCUUCCAAGACUGACGGUCUUAUUUUCGAGAACAAGGACAAGACCCUGGAGGAGCUUGUGGCCCUCAAGAUAAUCAAUGCGGAUCAAAAGGCGCAGCACCUGAAGAAGCCCGCCCUUCUGGCCCAACUGGCUCAGUUGGAGGAGCAGUAUGCCCAGCUCAAGAAGAUUGACUCGGACUACCGCCUGCGCCUGGUUACCGACAAGGCCGAGGUCACCAAGACGCUUACCCAGAAGUUCGAGAAGGAGAAGGCCGGGGCCGUUCUCGCAGCCACGGAGACGGCCGCCGCCGAUGCUGAGAAGCACCUCCAAGAUUCCCUUCUGACCAUCUCACAGUUUCUUCGCCUGGCUGCGGCUCGCCGUGCAGACGACCAGAACUCACAACUGGACGAGAACCUUGCUCUGGAGGGCGUGCUUCUGCAGGUGUACUCUGGCGACGAGAACGGCGUUGCCACCAUGCUGAAGCUCGUGCAAGGCGUGGAAGAGACAACAAAGAGCGUGACCAGCGACCCUCUGCAGACUACUUAUGCCCAGGUCAAGGCUGUCGCGGCCGCCCAUGCCAUUCCGCUGUACCAGGCCGAGCCUGUCGAGGAGGUCGUUGCCGAAGAGACCCACGAAGUCCAGUCUGACCCGACCAUUGCACAUGCUAGCCUGACCGAAAUCGAGGCUGGCGAGGACGCUUCCCUGGCAGAGGUCGCACAGCUGACCAACGGCGAUGCCAGCCACAGCCAGGCUGUCGAGGCUCCCGGGCACAUUGCCAACGCGGACGUGGAUGACAGCGCUGCCAAUGCUGCGGGUGAGAGCCAGUGGGACACAAGCGCCAACCAGUCCAAGGACUUGAGCAUGUCCCAGGAGUGGGUCGAGGUGCCCCGGGACCCGGCGGAGACGGAGACCGGCCUGGAGGCAACGCCAGAAGAAGGAGGCAACAAGCAGUCCUGGGCCGACGAGCAGCCCGAGAACCCGCCUGAGCCGGUGAACACUGCGCCUGCGGUAGCACAGGCCGACCCCAACGACGGUUUCCACCAGGUGCAGCGGCACAACCGUGGCCGCAGCGAGCGGGACAACAACUGGCGUGGCCGUGGUGGUGGCUUCCGUGGUGGUCGCGGUCGUGGUGGUGACGGCCGUGGUCGUGGCCGUGGCCGCGGUGGUAACGGUGGUGGCAACGGCAAUUUUGGGUACCGCGGCCCUCGCCGGACUGAGGAGGCAUCUUAA